AUGCAUUUUCAGUUAGGACAGGAGGCUGCCACAGAGUUGCAGCAGUUGGGUUGUAACAUGGAUGCAUCACUCUCUGUUGAUAGAGAUGCAGAAAUGCUUGAUUCCGGUGGUAACCACGGUGGUUGGAUCAUCUUUUUAUUCAUCAUAGGAACUUUUAUGUGCUUGACACUUGCUGCUGGAGGAUGGCAAUCAAAUUUGAUUGUGUAUCUGAUUCAGGAAUUUAACGUGAAGAGCAUUGAUGCUGCUCAGGUUUCAAAUGUAGUCAAUGGUUGCACUUGUUUAUUUCCAAUCAUUGGAGCAAUUAUUGCAGACUCUUUUUCCGGCUGCUUCCCUGUCAUCUUGAUCUCUUCUUGUAUCUCUUUUCUGGGACUGGUCCUAUUAGUUUUGACUGCAACUCUAGACUCCUUGAGGCCUCCGUCAUGUGAUGACAGAUUGAGCUUGUGUGAAACACCAUCAGAAUCUCAGUUUGCAGUUCUCUAUGCCAGUAUAGCUCUGGCAUCAAUUGGACUCGGAGGCACUCGCUUUACUCUAGCAACAAUGGGUGCAAACCAAUUUGAUAAACCAGAAGAGCAAGGGAUUUUCUUUAACUGGUUUUUCUUUGCAAUGUAUACAGCUUCUGUUAUAAGUUUUACAGCCAUUGUAUAUAUUGAGGACAAUGUCAGUUGGGGCUUGGGAUAUGGCCUAUGUGCUCUUGUAAAUUUGAUUGGUUUACUCAUUUUCUUAUCGGGAAGCAAUUUCUAUCGUCGGGAUAAGCCACAAGGCAGCCCAUUUGUGAAUAUAGUUCGUGUUCUUGUUGCAAGCAUCCGGAAAAGGAAUGUUCUGCUCUCAUCCAGAAGCGAGGAUUAUCACCACCACAAUGAUGGAGAGGCAAAGAUGGUUCCUGAGACACAUAAAAAGAGCUUGAGCUUUCUAAAUGGUGCAGCCCUGAAAACUGAAGGCGACUUGAAACCUGAUGGCUCAAUUGCAAAGCCAUGGAGCCUGUGCACAUUCCAACAAGUAGAAGAUCUCAAAACUGUCAUUAGAAUUUUCCCUUUGUGGUCAUCCAGUAUAUUUAUAAGCACCCCAAUAGCAAUCCAAGGCAGCUUAACAACCCUCCAAGCUCUAACCAUGGACCGUCGCAUCGUGUCACAUUUCAAAAUCCCAGUUGGAUCUUUGCCAGUCUUGGUUCAAUUAUCUACUUGCAUCUCUCUCCCAAUAAUUGAUCGCUUCCUAUAUCCCGUAUGGAAAAAACUGACCAGUCAAUCUCCAACUCCCCUCCAAAGACUAGGAAUAGGCCAUGUCCUAAAUAUCAUAAGCAUGGUUGUUUCAGCAUUAGUGGAGUCAAGGCGUCUCAAAACAGCCCACAGCUCCACGCUGCCAAUGUUGGUUAUGUGGUUAUUCCCACAGCUGGCCUUGGUUGGCAUUGGUGAAGCCUUCCAUUUUCCGGGGCAACUUCAGUUGUGCUAUCAAGAAUUUCCAGCGUCGCUUCGAGGCACGGCGACUGCAAUGGUUGCAAUGACAAUAGGCAUUGCUUUCUAUAUGGGCACGGCUCUGAUUGGUCUUGUUCGGAGGGUUACAGGGUGGUUGCCGGAUGAUUUAAACCAAGGGAGGCUUGACAAUGUGUACUGGAUGGUAGUUGUGAUUGGUGUGCUGAAUUUCGGUUAUUACUUGUCAUGUGCCAAGUUGUACAAGCAUCAGAAUGUUAGUGAGGGAGAGUAG